AUGGGGGGAGAACACGACCAGCAUGGUUCAAACCAGAGCGCCACACUGGCUACUCACCUAUCCCACAGUGGGCUUCUACCAAGCCACGUCUACUUCGGAAGCUGCUUCUUCGUCCUCGGCACUUGGUGGUUCAUCGCCAUUCUCCGGGCUCGGUACCGACUAGACAGGCGCACCGAGGUAGCUCUCACCUAUCCCGGAAAGUGCAACUCCUGCUCUAGGAAACUGAUAGAAGGUCUAGUGAAGUUGGUCGCCUGCAUUGUGGGCGUCGUUGUCGAGGCGAUCACAGUAAAGACCUUGGGGCGUCCUGCAAACUACACCUAUGACACAAUCUACGCAAGCUUCAUGCUUGCUGCUGUGGUUGACAUCUUCGGUGGUCUGCGUAUUGUUCUUCCCGAGGGUAUUGAUUUUCUGGCUCAUGCAGUGGCUUUUGCAAAUCUUGGAAUACUGGCCAGAUCUCAGGCUUGGGGCCACUUACACUUAACUGUCGCGACCCGUAUGCUCACCUCCUAUGUGGCAAUUUCGGUGACGCUGGCACUCGUUUUGGAGCUCCACAGACCACAUUCUCAAAUGCUUCAGUUCAUCCGAACUGGAGCUGUAAUGCUUCAGGGUGUUUGGUUUUGGCAGGCUGGUGUCGUGUUGGAUUCGCCAUUCGCAGGACGUUGGGUGGAGGAUGACCAUGGCAACCUGAUGUUCAUCACCAUUGCUUUUGCCUGGGAUAUGUGCGGUGUGGUGCUCUUCCAGACAUUCUUCGCUGUGACCGUUGAGAAAUUGUUCGGAGGGCAGGGACUCAAAGCUCCAAGGCACCACUUUCGGGGAAACAAACAAAGUGGACAGAAUGAACCAGUCAACAUAGAGGCGGUAGAUGGCUACAAGCCUCUUCAAACAACGGAACCACUUGAAAUCGAAUCUUCUGGUGGUGUCAGUCAAAAUUUGCAACUUAUUCAAUAG